ACAAGGAGGAGGCGGUGUGGAGUUUGGAUGCUGUGUCGGGGCUGAGCUGCCGAGUCUCACUUCAAAUUCAGCACAAGUUCUUCACCAAGUUUCACUGAACAAGCGGCGGAAUAGUUGAGCAGGAAUGGAGCUUUCGGCGGCCCGGUUGUGUGUCUCACUGUUGAGCCUCUUCGCAGGGUUGACCUCAGGUCUAGAGAUCACAUCAUCUUCAGCAUCUACGCCCACGGAGGUGGCCAGCGGACAGAGCGUGAAGCUGGAUUGCCAGUUCACUCUGGCUUCUGAAGAUUCUGGACCGCUGGAUAUUGAAUGGAGCUUGGUGGCGUCUGACAACCAGAAAGACGACCAAGUGAUCAUUUUGUACUCUGGCGACAGAGCCUACGAGAACUACGACACACCCGUCAAAGGUCGGGUCCACUUCAAUUCGCCCGAUCCGAAGAAUGGCGACGCCUCAAUCAACGUUCUAACGGUGAAGUCAACGGACACCGGCACCUACCAGUGCAAAGUGAAGAAGGCCCCUGGUGUCCGCAACAAGAAAAUGCAGCUGCUUGUUAUGGAGAAGCCGUCCAAGCCCAGGUGCUACACUGAGGGCUCCACACAUGAAGGCAAAGACGUUGUGCUGAGGUGCACAUCUGAUGCAGGAAGCAAACCCAUGAAAUACAGCUGGGAGAAGACUACUGGCAGCAAAGUGCUGCCCGCCUCCUCAGUGCUGGAUCCUGUGUCAGGCACAGUCAACGUGAAGAAUGCAUCUGCCAGUGCAUCUGGCACGUAUCGCUGCACCGCUACCAAUCGCGUUGGCGCCGAGCAGUGCGUGCUCGAUCUCAGCGUGACAGCUAUCCCGAAUACUGCCGGCAUCGUCGCGGGAUCCAUAAUCGCUGUCCUGUUGAUCCUCCUCAUCAUCGCCAUUAUCCUGUUCUGCUUCUGCCGUGCCCGUAACAGGAAAAAGUACGAGAAGGAAAUCUGCAACGAGAUAAGAGAGGAUGUGCCCCCUCCCAAGAGUCGCGCUUCAACUGCUCGAAGCUUCACUGUGGCCAGCCAGCGCUCCUCACUGGGCUCCAUGUCGCCUUCCAACCUGCACGAGUAUGCCCUGAAGCCUCAGUACGACAAGAUUCCCUCAUCAGAGGAGUACGACAGGCCUCCGAGCCAGGCUCCGGUGCUGCCGCCCUCGGCCGGCAAGAUGGCCGGCUACAACCUGAGUCGCAUGGGGGGCAUCCCUGUCAUGGUUCCUGCCCAGACGAGGGACGGUUCAAUCGUCUAGCAGAUCGUCUUCACGGGAAAGGACUGUGCAAAGAGGGGAUGGAACGGAAGGAAGCGGGACAAAAGCUGGGAUGGAUGCACUCGCCUGAUUUUUAGCUCUUUAUUAUUUACAUACGGGAAUAUUCUCUGCUUAUGGAGACCCGGCUCUGCUGUGGUGCUGAGAAGAGAAUUUGAGUUGUGCACAACAGAGUAAAUGAAGUUUUUAUCAAAUGCAAAAACAUACAAAAAAACUUUUAUGAAUUUUGUCUCCUGGACGUAAAGUUAGUGUGGGUAUAAAGCAGACCGGCAAAGUAAAUAUCUAUUGUAUAUAUGCAUGUUUUUUUGUUUAGUUUCUGUCUCCUGUCUGUUUUUUAAACAUACAUGGCCCCUGCUGUAGAGUUGUACUGUAUGUUUAAAACAGAUCCAGGCCCCUGAGUGGCCUGCUGUACAGCUGUAUGCAUGCAUGUAUAAAAUUACAGCUGUGUGUGCGUGAGCGUGUGUCUGUGAGGCAGUAUAAGUUUCUCUUUCAUUUGCUUUCUUUAAAAUACUAAAUAACUGUUUGAUCCAGUCUUCACUCCUCAGAGACGCUCGUUAGGAGGAAAGUCACAGAUCUGGUUUAAUCCCUGCACCAAGUGCACCGACUGCUUAUGUGGGUCAGCCGUUUUCUUUCCAACGCUUCUUCUGUUGUUUGAAUUGUCCACUGUGGGGUUGGCCGGGGAUUUGAGGGUGGACAGGAUUGGCUGGCGGCGAGGGGGAGGUUCAGCCGAGCAGAUCUUGUGAUUGGGUGUAUUAUUGCUUCUUGAGCGAGCUUGAAAAGGAGCAGUGUCCAUCCCCCAACUCUUCUCCAGAAAACUUUGAAGAGGUGUAGAGAAAUAACGGAGGCCGCUGGACAACAAGGUUCACUGAGCACUCGGCACUGAUUAUGUUUGACAGGCCUUUAACCACCCGAAGGACGAGUAGGCAUCCCGAACGGGUUAAACACCAAGUUUGAAUUCAUUGGUAGUAGCUCAACCCCCUCAGAGCUGCCACGUAUGCAGUCCUCUGUAUCUGAGGUGCAUUACAAGGAGCCUGUAUCUUAAUUAACCUUCUCUGUGUGGUUAAUGUGAAACCUUUUGUGGCUUAAUUAAGAUGUUUUUUAAUGAUGUAAAGCAGGAGGAAGACAGUUCCCACACAGAGAAACAAAUGGUGAAUAUUCUGUGUGUCUACGUUAUAACCGGUCCAAGUUUAUCUUGCUCUCAGAUCCUGUGAACGUUGGUGCAGCCGGUCGGUUUAAGUUGCCACAGCGACGUUGGUUAUUUAAUUCCCAUUCUUCCACCAUUUGGAAGACCAAAAAUCUCAGCUUCUAUUUUCUAAGAAAAAUAAAGGCAGUAAUUUAGCAGGAAAAGCGUUUCUUUUCACUCUGACGCCUUAUUGUACUCCUCGUUUUAGCCUUACACCUUCUCCUCCGUUCACUUCCUCACAGCUCAGUUAUGAUGACUUCUAUCGUGCCUUGGUUUCCCAGUUGAGUUGCGUUGUAGCGCGUCUGCCACUGGUACACCGCGCCGUGUGCAGUAACAUCGCCCUGCAUGGCCGCCAGUGCCACGACAUCAGAAGAACAAUAAUCUAUGCGCAGCCUGUUUUGUACCUUCUGUUGUCCCACUCCCACUUGCCUCAUACGAUUUUUCCCACGGCUUGCAAAACCUUUACGACUGUCUUAAACCUAUUUUUUUAUUCCAAAAACAUGAUUUUGUUCUUCUUUUUUUUAAACUUCAUUUUAAACCUCAGUAAUUGAUGUGCUUUUUAAGAAAAGAGACAAAACAGCUAAAUGGCUCUGGCUGUACGUAUAAAUAUUUUGUCAAACUAACCCUAUCUAAUCGCAACAAAAUGAAAGAUGUAAAGACGACACUGUCUAUGUGGAUGUUUGUGAUGCUCUGCUGUGCUUGACAAAUCUAUAUCUAGGAGGGGGUUAGUGCAGAGAGCGUGUGCGUCAGGUUUUCGUGUGUGAAUCCCAGUAUCUAAGAGGAGGUGACAGCUGUAGAAAAGUCUUGGCCCCUGGACUGCAGAUUUGAUGUAACACCAAGAAAAGUGAGAUGUGGGCCUGUCUAGACAAAGAAUUACAUCUGUCAGAUCUACUUAAACACUCUUCUGUGUGCAGGUUUGUGUGUGCGAGAGAGAACUGGCUGAUGUGUUGCUGAGGGGAGUUUGUUGUGGGCCCUUGUAGGAUUCUCUUUAGACCCUUCACCUGCUGGCAAAGUGUACAGAGGGGCUCCUGCUACUGUCCCCCUCUGUGCUCA